CUAAAUAUCAUCCUUUCUUUCCCUUGCACUUUUUGCAUAUUGUUUGUUGUCCUAUAUUUCUUUAUCUUCCUAGUCUUUGUUUUCUUCUUUAGUUUCUUUUCUGUCAAGUCUAGCUAGGAGAACAUGGAUCAUGAAGGCCACCGGCAUCUGCUUCCCUGUUUGCGUUGCCACCCACAUAGCUACAUUAGGAUGGUUCAACAUCUUAUAGAGAGAUGUUUGCUCCUUCAAAUGAGUAGAGAUCAAUGCAUAAAGGCACUAUAUAAGCAUGCUAACAUUCGGCCAAUUGUUACACUUACAGUGUGGAGAGAACUACAGAAGGAGAACAGGGACUUCUUUCAAGCAUAUUUCCAUUCAGUUUAUCCGAGGCCUUUCACAAGCAGGCAUAUAUAAUGGUGCUGAGAAUGACAAGGUGGUAGUGGACUAGUGGUGGUGGGACGACUUGCAAAAAUACUUCAUGAUCAGGAGGUACACGCCUACACGGGUAGAAAAGCAAUAUUUAUGAUGAAUUAUAACUAGGUUUUGGACAGUACAUGCCCUCAGACAUAAAUGUGAUCAAACAGGUACAAGAAAGUCUUGGAUAUAUACUUACAAGGGCAGCUAGCUAUUAAUGUUUUUUCUCUUUUUCUUUUUCAAGAAGCCAUUAAUGUUUCUAAUCCCA